GACGGAGCAAGCUGCAGCUCGGCGGGGCAGCAGCGGACCAGGGGUCGUAGGCUCCACGCACAGCGGUGAUCUCAGACUGGUCACCCUUGUUGUCAUCCUCAGCCUUGUCGGAGCUUGAAGAUGCUGAAAGAGCGUCUGGAGAUGGCAGGAGAUCCUCAGCAACAGAUGGGUGCUCCAGUGGUCAAACUGGAGAAGGAGCUGCCGUGGGGCAGGGGAGGGGAGGACUCGAGUCCCGAGGCAUUUCGGUUGAGGUUUCGGCAGUUCCGCUACCAAGAGGCUGCUGGUCCCCAGGAAGCCCUCAGGGAGCUCCAAGAGCUCUGUCGGCGGUGGCUGAGGCCCGAGCUGCACACCAAAGAGCAGAUCCUGGAGCUGCUGGUGCUGGAGCAGUUCCUUACCAUCCUGCCCCGAGAGUUCUACACCUGGAUCCGGGAACACAGCCCAGACAGCGGCAAGGCUCUGGUGGCCAUGGUGGAGGAGCUGAUGGGGAGCACGGAGGCCAAGGCGGUUCCAUGCCAUGGCCAGUCAGAGCAGCUGGUCACAGCCCUUGGAGGAUCGUGGCAAUCAGGCAUCCACCUGGGGCCGGUAGAAGUCAAACCUGAGUGGGGGAUACCCCAGGGGGAAGGAGUUCAAAGCCUAGGCCCAAGCACCACAGAACAGCUGAGCCAGGGCCCUGGAGAUGGGACACAGGCCUUCCAGGAGCAAGCAUUGCCCAUUCUUCAUGUGGGUCCAGGGCUUCCCUCUGUGAGUGCCAGAGACCAAGAGAUGGCUGCUGGGUUCCUUGCAGCCACGUCCCAGGGUCUGGGGCCAUUUAAAGACAUGACUUUGGGUUUUCCUGAGGAGGAAUGGAGGCAUGUAGCCCCAGCUCAGAUUGACUGCUUUGGAGAAUACGUGGACUCACAGGAUUGUGGGGUCCUUCCAGGUGCUGGGAGCAAGGAGAAGGAGGCUAAGCCCCAGCAGGAAGACCUGAAGAGAGCAUUUGUUGGGUUGACUUCCGAUGGCUUUGGAGAAGCUGCCAUCCAGAUUCCUGGACCAGGGGGCACCUGUGAGCAAGAGCCUGGGAGCUCUGGGACCAGUCUGCCUGGGCUUCCUGCUCCUCAGCAUGGGGUCCCCCUGCCUGACACCCUCAACACCCACAAUUCUUUCUGGAAGCCUUUCCAGUGCCCUGAGUGUGGAAAAGGCUUUAGUCGGAGCUCCAACCUUGUUAGGCACCAGCGGACCCAUGAAGAAGAAAAAUCCUUUGGCUGUGUGGAGUGUGGGAAAGGUUUCACCCUGAGGGAGUACCUCACCAAGCAUCAGAGGACCCACCUGGGCAAGAGGCCCUAUGUGUGUGGCGAGUGCUGGAAGACCUUCAGCCAGAGGCAUCACCUGGAGGUGCACCAGCGUAGCCACACUGGGGAGAAGCCCUACAAGUGCUCAGACUGCUGGAAGGGCUUCAGCCGGAGGCAGCAUCUGCUGGUGCAUCGUAGGACCCACACGGGGGAAAAGCCCUACACCUGUGAGUGUGGCAAGAGUUUCAGCCGUAACGCCAACCUGGCAGUGCACAGGCGUGCCCAUACUGGGGAGAAGCCCUAUGGCUGCCAGGUGUGCGGCAAGCGCUUCAGCAAGGGGGAGCGACUGGUGCGACACCAGAGGAUCCACACCGGUGAGAAGCCCUAUCACUGCCCAGCCUGCGGCCGCAGCUUCAACCAGAGGUCUAUCCUCAACCGUCAUCAGAAGACCCAGCAUCGCCAGGAGCCUCCGGUGCAGUGAGCCUACUAAGGGAACAGGUCUGCCAUAGGAGCGACUUGUGUUGCAUCGAGUGGUCUGGGCAGUGCUCAGUGAGGGACAGCAGAAUGUGCUCAAGUAGGAGGAGGGCAGAGCCUGGAGUAGGUAUGGGAAGCUGGCAGAGGUCCCACGGUUUCCCUCACCUCUUAUAGGGAAACACUAUCCUGAGCUUCAGGUUUUCUUAUCCUUCUUCCCACAGUGGGGAUGGGAACCCACCUCCUGAGCAAGUUUAGAGGAAAGGGCAGAAUUUUAUUUGAAAUAGGCAGCUUGAAGCUUGUUUUCUUCUUUUUUUCCUCUCU